AUGAUGAUAUUGAGAAUUCUAUUUUUAACGGUGUUUCUGGCUGCCAACGGAAGUCAAAGCUCUUAUUUUCAAAGAAAAGCUAUAGGCACUUUAUACCGAUGGAAGCAAAUUGACUUUGCCUUCCCGACACCACAACAUAGACAACGAGCUAUCCAGACCGGACAAUUCAAUCAGAUCAAUGUGAUACCGUUAGGAAUUGAGCGAUGGAGGAAUCGCGUUUUUGUAAGUACACCUCGAUGGAAGAAAGGUGUUCCAGCAACAUUGUCCUCUUUGCCUGUUACGGCUCAAGAGGAAUCGCCGUUAUUGACACCAUUUCCAAGCUGGGAUUGGCAUAAUGCAGAUAAUUGCACGGGAUUCACCUCUAUAUACAGAAUGAGUAUAGACCACUGUGGAGUCAUGUGGGUUCUUGACUCUGGACAAGUAGAGGCCUUCGAAACGCCUCGUCAGUUAUGUCCACCGACGCUUUUCGCUAUUAGUUUAGAUACUGAUACUGUUCUGGGCCGUUUCCCGAUUCCUAGCGAGUAUGUUUUGCAAAACUCUCUUAUUACUAAUCUCGUUGUCGACUCAAGAGAUGCCCAAUGCAGAGACCUGCACGUAUAUAUUGCGGAUGCAUGGCGAUUUGGAUUAAUUGUAUUUAGAGAUUCUGAUGCGUCCUUCUGGAGAUUCAAUCACUUCACAUUUUAUCCGGAACCUUUACUGUCAAAUUACACUCUACAUGGAUUAAACUAUCAAUGGUCAGAUGGUCUAUUUGGAAUGUCUUUGGGGCAAUACCAUCUUGGAGAUCGACCGCUUUAUUAUCACGCCAUGUCAAGUUCUCUGGAAUUUGUGGUAAAUACUUCAGUGAUUCGUGACCCUUCGCGUGUUAAUAAUGCCGUCGAUGAAUUUAAACUUCUCGGCGAGAGUCGUGGUUUGAAUGGACAGGUAUCCGCUGUAGCGAUUGACCGCAAUGGUGUCAUGUUCUUUAACCUUAUUUCGCAAGAUAGUGUCGGAUGUUGGGAUACACGAAAACCAUAUAAAAUCGAGAAUUUAAGAAUUGUAGCACAAAAUAAUAAUACAUUGGUAUUUCCUAACGACCUGCGUAUAGAUAAUGAGGUACAGCAACUCAUAUGGAUAAUAACGAAUAGGUUGCCUAUGUAUCAAUUUAAUUUAAUUGAUCCAAAUGAUUUUAAUUACAGAGUUAUGUACAUCGAUCCUAAAACUGCUAUAGAAGGUACUAUUUGUCAGCCAUUUUAUAUU